CAAAACUACAGGUAAUUCAUUAUAUCAAUUUCAUAAAAAUAUGUCUGUUUUUACGUUUAAAAACUUAGCAUAGAUGGCAAAAAUGGAAUCGAAAGCAUCAUGAAUAUGCGAUUGAUUUAUUGACCAGGUCCACGUUGGCAGUAGUGGAUUAUUUAGUUGUCAGGAAGCAGGUAUUUCAGGUAUAAAAAUGAAAAGCAAACCAUGCGAUAGAAAUGCGGUUUGGAAGAAGAAUUAUUUAUAUAUUUUUCCCAUUGGCCAUCAUUGGCACUGUUUAUCACAUUUGGCUUCAAAAUGAAAAUUCCGAGAUACCCAAAGUAUUGAGAGAAAAGAGGAGACCAAAAGAUUUUAUCGACCAUCCAGUGUUCGAUCAUAAAACAUCCCUGCCAAAACUAUCGUUUCCAAAACUAAAUAUAUUCAAAGGAGGAAAAGAAAAUGAUAAUAACAAGAUCCCAUGCGUCAAACUGAAUACAUUCAAAGGACAGACACCAAUAUGUAUUUUUGAUCCAGCGAUAGAUAGAAUGAUCUCGUCCUAUGUUAAAGACUAUGGUACAUGGGAGCAAGAUUUGAUGAAUGAAACAGGACUGGUGCUCCUACAAAAAUCCUAUCUGACCUUUGUUGAUAUUGGCUGCAAUAUAGGAACAUUCACGCUAUUUAGCGCAAAACUUGGAACUCGGGUCAUUGCGGUUGACAUUUUAGAAUCUGCACUGAACCUAGUACACAAGUCUCUCCUAAAGGGUGAUUUGCAUAAAAAUGUAACCUUGGUAUUGAAUGCAAUAUCAGAUACAAGAGAAAAUGUCAAGGUUCGUGUCGUUAAAGAAAACCCUGGUGGGAGUUAUAUAGAGCAAAAUAACACAAGUGAUAAGUCUGUAGAUUCAAUACUGCUAGACGACUUGAUAAGUCUUGUAGGAUCGGGUUCUGUUUUCUUGAAAAUGGACAUAGAAGGCAAUGAACUCAAAGCUUUGAAAGGAGGGAGUCGAUUUUUCCAAGUUUUAAACGUGGAACAUAUCUUAAUGGAAUGGAUGCUACAUAGAUACAGUCCUAAUGGAAAGGAAAUCGCCCAGUUUUUGCUCAGAAAUGGUAUGUUGCCUUACGAAAGCCUGUCAAGACAAGCACCGCUGGACCUAAAAAGACCAUACCAGUGGCCAGAUAAUAUAUUUUGGAGCAAAAGAUGAAAGGAAGAAAUCAUGAACCGGGUAUUGAUAUUUCUUGUCUAACAAACAGUAGAUGGAGCUUUAUAUAUGCUAUUCAAGACAUGGGCUGACGCUUUUCGCAAUUUAAAGUGCUGUAGGAAAUCGUAAAUGAAACACAUUGAUUGAAUCAAAAGUCCAGUGCGAUGAAAGGAAUGAAUCAGAAACCAUUGAUAUAGUCUAUAUAUAUAUAUCCAACAGAGAUAGUAUUAAACAAGAGUUGAGCGUUGCUGUGAAAACGACCAUUACCUUAUAUCAUUACGGAAAAGAAAAAAUAUUCAGUAUUCACAUACGUCUUACUUCUCUUAACAAUAGGAAACAUGUGAAAACAUGAUUAAUUUCCUGUGAUAACAUAUCGUACUGAUAAGUUUAACACAUUAUUUCAAUGACACUAUACAGGUCCUCUACCGAUUAAAAGGACAAACCAAAACUCUAGUUUCGGAUUACUGCAUUUAGUUUCAAUCAUUGCCAAAGGUAACUGCUAACUAACUUAUGCACGAUAUGUGAAUAAAAUAUAAAGAAAUCAA